CGGGCUCUAGAAGUCCGUUUAAGUCCAUUUACCACUCAAAGUGGACCCCAAAGGAUAUUUAAAUUGUGCCCGUACGUCCAUGCAGUACGUGCGUGUCGAGUAAACGGUUGUACUGUGUACUGUGCAUCAAGUGGAGGGUCAACGAGACUUCGUUUCAGAAUGAGUGGUUCAUUCCGAUUGGCUUUAAUUCAACUGGCCGUAGGUGCUAACAAAAGUCAGAACCUGACUGCCGCAGCCAAACAUGUGAAGGAAGCGGCUUCCCAGGGGGCCCAGCUAGUGAGCCUUCCCGAGUGCUUCAAUUCGCCUUAUGGCACGAAUUUCUUUCCGGAAUAUGCCGAGUCCGUUCCCAAUGGCGAAAGCUGCCUUGCCUUAAAAACUAUGGCUGCCGAUAAUAAGGUGUUCCUAAUUGGAGGAUCUAUUCCGGAGAGCGAGGGCGAUAGACUUUACAACACUUCAACGAUUUGGGGUCCUGAUGGGGAGCUGAUAGGGAAAUAUCGAAAGAUGCACCUCUUUGAUAUCAAUGUACCCGGGAAGAUUACGUUCAAAGAAUCGGACGUCCUCAGCCCCGGUAACGAUUUCCUUGCAUUUGACACACCUUUUGGCAAGAUUGGAAUGGGGAUUUGCUACGAUAUCCGUUUUUCCGACUUGGCCAAAAUCUACUCCAACAUGGGAUGCCACCUAUUGGUUUAUCCUGGUGCCUUCAAUAUGACUACGGGCCCCGCCCAUUGGGAGCUUUUAGCUCGAGGUCGAGCAGUGGACAACCAACUCUACGUGGCCACUCCAAGUCCAGCCCGAGACGAAAAAGCUGAUUAUAUUGCUUGGGGCCAUAGUCAGGUGAUCAACCCUUGGGGCGAGGUAGUUGCCAAGGCUGAGGAGUGCCAGGAGAUCAUUUUCGCUGAUAUCGAUUUGGACUACAUGCAACAAGUUCGCAAGCAGAUCCCAAUCACGGUUCAGGCAAGGACCGAUCUCUACGAGACCGUGUCGAAAUGAAGUGAAUCAAGAGGCGCUACGCAUGGAUAACAAAUGGAACAUAUUUUUAUUUCAAUGAACUCAAGUGAUGGCUCCAUCUCUAACCAUGCACAAAAGCAUAGUCCGAAAGAGAAUAUAGUUUUAAAUACCUUA